AUGGUUGAUAACCUGGAACGAUUUUUCAAGAAGAUGUUUGGAAACAGUGAGCUGAUAUGCUUUCAUCAGAAUGACGAGGACAAGAUUGUCCUGACAAAAGAGUUGCUUCCCAAGUUGGUCAGCUUCUAUCACAAGUCCAUGGCACAUGUCGAAGGCAUGGAUCGUUUGAACAAACGAUCAAGACACAUUUCUAUCAUAGAGGUAUUCGCGACGAAGUCUGAAAACAAAUUGAGCAGUGCGAAGCAUGUGCGAAGAACAAACGAGCACGACGUGCUUAUGGAGAAUCUGCUCCACGUGAUGCUACGGCGAUGCCCUGGCAAGAAGUCCAUUGUGACACAAUCGGUCCAUGGACGAUUGAGUUACGACAACGGACGUUGA